AUGUUUGCAGUACACUUGAUGGCAUUUUACUUCAGCAAACUGAAGGAGGAUCAGAUCAAGAAGGUGGACAGGUUCCUGUAUCACAUGCGGCUCUCCGAUGAGACCCUUUUGGACAUCAUGGCUCGCUUCCAGGCUGAAAUGCAGAAGGGUCUGGGGAAGGACACCAACCCCACAGCCUCUGUGAAGAUGCUGCCCACCUUUGUCAGGGCCAUUCCAGAUGGCUCAGAAAAUGGGGAAUUUCUUUCUCUGGAUCUUGGAGGGUCCAAGUUUCGUGUCUUAAAGGUCCAAGUCUCUGAAGAGGGGAAAAGAAACGUCCAGAUGGAGAGUCAGUUCUACCCAACACCCAAUGAAAUUAUCCGAGGGAAUGGCUCAGAGCUGUUUGACUACAUAGCUGACUGUCUGGCAGAUUUCAUGAAGACGAGAGGGUUGAAGCAUAAGAAAUUUCCCCUCGGCCUAACCUUUUCUUUUCCAUGCAGACAAACUAAAUUGGAAGAGGGUAUUCUGCUUUCAUGGACCAAGAAGUUUAAGGCACGGGGAGUUCAAGACACAGAUGUAGUGAGUUGUCUGACCAAAGCCAUGAAAAAACACAAGGACAUAGACGUGGACAUCCUGACCUUGGUCAAUGACACUGUGGGAACCAUGAUGACCUGUGCCUAUGAUGAUCCCUACUGUGAAGUUGGUGUCAUCAUUGGUACUGGCACCAAUGCGUGUUACAUGGAAGACAUGAGCAACAUUGACCUGGUGGAAGGUGAUGAGGGGAGAAUGUGCAUCAACACGGAGUGGGGGGCCUUCGGGGAUGAUGGGACUCUGGAAGAUAUUCGUACCGAGUUCGACCGGGAGAUAGACCUCGGCUCUCUCAACCCUGGGAAGCAACUGUUUGAGAAGAUGAUCAGUGGCCUGUACCUGGGCGAACUUGUCAGGAUUGUAUUGCUGAAGAUGGCCAAGGCAGGUCUCCUGUUUGGUGGCAAGAAAUCCUCUGCUCUCCACACUAAGGGCAAGAUUGAAACACGGCAUGUGGCUGCCAUGGAAAAGUAUAAAGAAGGCCUUGCCAAUACAAGAGAGAUCCUGACAGACCUGGGCCUGGAGCCUUCGGAGGCUGACUGCAUUGCGGUCCAGCACGUCUGCACCAUCGUCUCUUUCCGUUCAGCCAAUCUCUGUGCAGCAGCCCUGGCAGCCAUCCUGACACGCCUCCGGGAGAACAAGAAGCUGGAGCGGCUCCGGACCACAGUGGGCAUGGACGGCACACUCUACAAGAUACACCCUCAAUAUCCCAAACGCCUGCACAAGGUGGUAAGGAGGCUGGUUCCGAACUGCGACGUCCGCUUCCUCUUGUCAGAGAGUGGCAGCACCAAGGGAGCUGCCAUGGUGACAGCGGUGGCCUCCCGGGUGCAGGCCCAAAGGAAGCAGAUUGACAAGGUGCUGGCUUUGUUCCAGCUGACUCAAGAGCAGCUUAUGGAUGUGCAGGGCAAGAUGCGGAGGGAGUUCGAGUAUGGACUAAAAAGGGACACCCACCUCAUGGCCACAGUCAAGAUGCUGCCCACCUACGUCUGCGGAAUGCCAGAUGGCACAGAGAAAGGAAAGUUCCUUGCCCUGGAUCUGGGGGGAACCAACUUCCGGGUCCUCCUGGUAAAGAUCAGAAGUGGACGGAGGUCAGUGCGAAUGUACAACAAGAUCUUUGCCAUCCCCUUGGAGAUCAUGCAGGGCACCGGUGAGGAGCUAUUUGACCACAUCGUGCAGUGCAUCGCUGACUUCCUGGACUACAUGGGCCUCAAGGGAGUCCAACUGCCUUUGGGCUUCACAUUCUCAUUUCCCUGCAGGCAGACGAGCAUUGACAAGGGAACACUCAUUGAGUGGACCAAAGGCUUCAAGGCCACUGAUUGUGAAGGGGAAGACGUGGUGGACAUGCUCAGGGAAGCCAUCAAGAGGAGAAAUGAGUUUGACUUAGACAUAGUUGCAGUUGUGAAUGAUACAGUGGGGACCAUGAUGACCUGUGGCCAUGAAGAUCCUAAUUGUGAGAUAGGCCUGAUUGCAGGAACAGGCAGCAACAUGUGCUAUAUGGAAGAGAUGAGGAACAUCGAACUGGUGGAAGGGGAUGAAGGGAAGAUGUGCAUUAACACCGAGUGGGGAGGAUUUGGAGAUAAUGGCUGCAUAGAUGACAUCCGGACCCAAUAUGAUGAGAAGGUGGAUGAGGGGUCCUUGAACCCCGGCAAACAGAGAUAUGAGAAGAUGACCAGCGGGAUGUAUCUGGGGGAAAUUGUGCGGCAGAUCCUGAUUGACCUGACCAAGCAGGGUCUUCUCUUCCGUGGGCAGAUUUCAGAGCGUCUCCGGACCAGGGGCAUCUUUGAAACCAAAUUCCUGUCUCAGAUUGAAAGCGAUCGGCUAGCCCUCCUCCAGGUCAGGAGUAUCCUGCAACAGCUUGGCCUAGACAGCACAUGUGAGGACAGCAUUGUGGUGAAGGAGGUGUGCGGAGCUGUGUCCCGGCGGGCGGCCCAGCUCUACGGUGCAGGCCUGGCUGCUGUCGUGGAGAAGAAGAGGGAAGACCAGGGGCUUGAAUACCUCAAGAUCACUGUGGGAGUGGAUGGCACCCUGUACAAGCUGCACCCACACUUUUCCCGGAUAUUGCAGGAAACCGUGAAAGAACUAGCACCUCGAUGUGAUGUGACGCUCAUGCUGUCAGAAGAUGGGAGUGGAAAGGGAGCCGCUCUGAUCACUGCUGUGGCCAAGAGGUUACAGCAGGCACAGAAGGAGAACUAG